GAAUGUAAAUGAAGCAUUCGCCCGGAGAGAAGGAGAAGGAAGGAAGGAGGCGGCUUUAAAAAUAACACAUAUACCCACAGAGUUCUUUUUUUUUUCCCGGAGGGCGGGGAGAAGGAUAAAGAAGUAGCCGGCAGCCAUGCACUGGGGGACGGAGCUUUGGGAUCAAUUUGACAAUAUAGAGAAACACACACAGUGGGGAAUUGACUUCUUGGAAAGAUAUACUAAAUUUGUGAAAGAGAGACUAGACAUAGAACAGAGCUACGCAAAACAGUUAAGAAAUCUUGUUAAGAAAUAUGGUCCCAAACGUUCCAGCAAAGAUGAAGAACCCAGAUUUACCUAUUGUCAGUCCUUCUUUCAAGUUCUGAAUGAGCUCAAUGACUAUGCAGGGCAGCGUGAAGUUGUUGCUGAAGAAAUUGGCCACAGAGUUUAUGGAGAGCUCAUGAGGUACUCUCAUGAGCUGAAAAUGGAAAGGAAAGCACACCUUCAAGAAGGACGUAAAGCCCAGCAGUAUCUUGAUACAUGCUGGAAGCAGAUGGAUAAUAGUAAAAAAAAGUUUGAGAGAGAAUGCAAGGAGACUGAAAAGGCACAAAUGUGUUACGAGAAACUAGAUUCUGACCAUAAUGCAACAAAAGCAGAUGUUGAGAAGGCGAAACAACAGUUAAACCUUCGAACCCAUAUGGCCGAUGAUUGUAAAAAUGAAUAUGCCGCUCAACUGCAGAACUUCAACAAUGAACAGCAGAAGCAUUUUCAAUUCAUCAUGCCUCAGAUUUUUAAGAAUCUACAAGACAUGGAUGAGCGAAGAAUUGUAAAGUUAAGCGAGUGUUACAGAGGAUUUGCAGAAGCUGAGCGUAGAGUUGCACCAAUUAUCAAUAAAUGUUUAGAGGGAAUGAUCAGCGCUGCAAAAUCUGUGGAUGAUCGUAAAGACUCUCUGAUAGUGGUGGAAUCCUUUAAAUCGGGUUUUGAACCUCCUGGAGACUUUCCAUUUGAAGAUUUCAGCCAGAAUAUUUAUAGGACAGUGUCAGAUGGCAGUCUGAGUGCACAAAGACAAGAGAUAAGGGGGGAUCAGAAGUACACAACAGGAAAAAGUAAAGGAAAAUUGUGGCCUUUCGGCAAGAAAAGCAAGGGAACUACAUCAGAAGACUUUAGUCAUCUGCCACCAGAACAGAGGCGCAAGAAACUGCAACAGAAGAUUGAUGAACUUAACAAGGAAUUGCAGAAAGAAAUGGAUCAAAGAGAUGCCUUAAACAAAAUGAAAGACGUUUAUGAACGAAAUCCUCAGAUGGGUGAUUCUGGUAGUUUGCACCCAAAGAUAUCAGAGACCAUGUGCAACAUUGACAAACUACGUCAUGAGAUUCAAAAGCAUGAGACAUGGCUCUUUGAGGUUGAAAACAGAACAUGUGGAAGAGGAGAUAGGCGAUUAAGUGGUGGUGCUAUGUUCGAACGACCUGCCGAAAUUAACCAUCAUGGAACACCUGGAAGAGAAAGCCCUGAAGGGAGCUAUAUGGAUGAUCCAAAUCAAGAGCAGAGAACGAACCAGAGAUACCCAGAACCACAUCGUUCAGCUGAGUUUGAUGAUGAAUUUGAAGAUGAUGAGCCUCUACCUGCUGUUGGCCACUGCAAAGCUCUAUACCCAUUUGAUGGGCAAAAUGAAGGGACGUUAGCAAUGCGAGAAGGAGAGGUAUUGUAUGUUAUUGAAGAAGAUAAAGGAGAUGGCUGGACAAGAACACGCAAACAGAAUGGACAAGAAGGCUAUGUGCCAACAUCAUAUGUAGAUAUUACUCUAGAGAAAAACAGUAAAGGUGCAGUGACCUAUAUAUAAAUAUAAGAUGCUGAAAUCCAGUUAUACUCAUGUGGGAAAUGCAUUAAUUUAAACAGCUAAAAGAAUAGUGGAGAAACAUUAAGAGUAUGAAUUCUUAUAUUUUCUGUGUUCCUACUGCAUAAUUCUUUGUUCACCAUGUGAGCUGAAUUUAUCAAUUGAGAUUUUAUUCUUAAAAGUUAUCCUUUGUGCAGGAAUGCAGACCCUGGAUUAUUCCAUGUCAUAGUAUUUGGAAACAGUUUAACUCUAGUAUUGUUACCUGAAAGCAUUAAUCCUUCCUAUUAUUCCUGAUGCCUUAAAUUUUGUAUAUGUGUAUAUAGGUGAAGGUUCUUGGUGUUUUAUAUUUUUUAAUCCAUCAUUGAAACCAAGGUUUUCAGACUUUUUAUUGAAAUAUAAAUUUUUAAUUUAGAAGUAGUAAUCUAGAUUUAAAAACUAACAGUCCUUUGCUUUAUUUAUAACAUUUAAGCAAAAACUUGAUUCACAAUAAAUAACUUUUGUGUACUGGUGGGAGGGUGCAUUAAAGUGUUCGUUACAUUCAUGUUUCAUUUUUAAAAAUAGAACAUAAUCUGCAUUUGCCCUUGAAAUGUUCUGUUAUUACUUAAGGAUUAUUUUUGCCAAUUGUCAAGAUGAAAAUCUGACUUCAACUAAUUUAACUUAACCUCUUUCAAAACCUGGAUGCAGAUGUGGUACUUUAGGGUUGCAUAGUUAACGAAUUCUAUCUAAAACUUAUAAAGUUUCUCCUGUUACCUUUUAUUUCUUUUGUUUGUUCCAGCUGAAUUUAGUAAUGGUGCUUUCUUUCUUUUCCUCUCCCGGACUGCAGGUUCCUGAAUUGGUGUGUGGGUUCUUGAAACAUUGGGCGAGGCAUUGAAGGAGGUUGCAUGCAGCUGUUUUCUGGGUGGGGAGAGGGCAUGGCUGAAAGAUUGAGGCUGGUAGAUGAGGAAGGAGGAGGAAACUGCAUGUUUCAUAUUGGUUAAUUUUGCUACUAACACAGUUAACACCAUUCUAACUACAGUUCACAUGGUAUCUGGUGAAUCAACAGUACAGUAUUUCAUAGGUCAUAAUCAAUGCCAAAGGUUUAUCUGACCCAGGUAAAGUACAUUCAAAAUGACUUUGCCAUCAGAUAGUAUUUUAAAAUAUAGUGCUGUCUGCCUGUGCCAUCCUACAUGCUCGCCCUAACAUGCUGUUGCAUGCUUUCGUAAAUCACACUAAAUAUUCACUUCAGAAAUGUCUAGACUGUACUGUGGUUGGCCUGUUUUGUUGUUGUGCAAUCCUUACGUUACCUAGCAUAAUCCCUUCUCGAUGUUUCACUUUUGUAGUUCCAUUCCAUUUUUCAUUUGUGCUGCUACCCAGUACUGCAUGGUAAUAGUGUGUUGAUUUACCAGUGUUGAGGAGCUCUGACAAGCCAGUAGAUGCAACCUUUCAUUUUUGUCUGUGUAUAGUUUAUGAAUUCUCCUCCCUCCUUGCUUUUGGCCUGCAUAUUUUGUGUGUAUUGGAUUGAUCAAUGAAGACUGAGUCAAUGGAAACACACCUGAAAAACAGCAUGGCUUCAGGAAAACAAGCAUGGCUCACUGUGAAGAGACACAAUUGGGCUCAAACUUUGAGAGAUGUGCAACGUGAGCUCAGUGAAGAUACACCAACCAUUUACUUUAUCACUAUCUUACUAUACAGCUGCUGCCUUAAAUCAACUGUUUUAACAGAAGAGUGCCUAAAUCUGCUGACUGCCAUUGUUUCCAGUAGUCUUUCUCAAGGCUCACAUUUGUUGCAGGCUCAUGGCAGCUCAUCAGUUUUGAUUGACUUGUGUAUUCUCUUGGUACUCCAGCUGCUGAUGUAGUCAUACCUAGUAUAUAAAAAAAAACGGUACCAGAGGAAUUUUGCAACUAAGAUCUCUGUCAACAUUUAUAUUGUUUUUAAUACUAAAGAUUUGUAUUAGUUAACAAGAUUUAUUUGAAAUGAAUGUUUUUCAAUUAGUAUUUUGUAAUUUUUUUCAUUCUGGUUGAGUCUUAAGAAUAACCAAUUCAUAUGAAGCUCUAGUUUAUUCAGGAUAGCUGUGCAGAUCCUCUCCUCUGGUGUGGUCACACAUGUCAAUGUGUGGAUAUGUUGACUCUUGUGGAUAUUAUACGUAACCUAAACCAUGUGCACUUUUAUCUAGUUGAGCAGUAAUGCAAGUGCAGACUUUUUUUUCUUCCAGAAUACUUAAAGCUGCAUGUAAUGCAAACUUUGUUCUCAUGUUGCAGUCCAUGUUCAACCUGUGAUCUUAACUGCAGUUAUACAACCUUCAAUCAAUUUCAAACCCACCAGAAAAAUUCUUCAAAUUCAAAUGUUUUUGAUUAUUGGGUCACUUGGAAUGAGUUUUAUCAAGUGGCAGGAAAAAAAGGCAAGCCUUCUCAGCAGUACCUUUUGAAAUGAUCUAAAAUAUUUUAUGACUUGAAGUCCAAUUUUAUCUAUGCUGUAGAGAGGACCAUUUUGUGUUAGUUUAAAAUCUGAAUUUUCGGUAAAACUGAGCAAAAAUGGGGUGGACUGUGCAGAUAUGAUUUGAUGCUUUGACCCAAAUCUGUUUAUUACUACUUGUAUCUGGUUGAGUUUCCUGUAUAGAAAUUACAAAUGUGAAACUAUCUUCUGUCUAUUUCCAUUGUAUUAAUUUCUGGAUAUAUUUAAAUUUACUUGCUGGUAUAACAUUUUAGUGUUUCCAGACCAAAUUGCACACGCCAACCACACAAAGCAUUACAUUUAACCAUUUACUAUGGUUAACAUGAGUUACCCACUAAAGCUGAUAAAUAUGUGGAAACCUUUCACUGCAAUAAAAAUAAUAAGACAUUGUGUAACAGAAAAUUCUUAUUUCUGUUCCAUGGUGACUUCCUGGUAAGUGAAUAGAAUUUCUGGUAGACUGAUUGCGGAGUUGACAAAAAUCCACUAAUGAUCUUUAAAUGUUCAGAAGAAUUUGGAUUAAAUGACUUUUUAAAAUACUCUUUUUAAAAAAAAAAAAUUCUGAAGUAUACAUGCUUCCUUGUAUUCAAGUAUGUGUAUUUUUAAAGUGUUAGUUCACUAUAAAUUUGCAACAUGGUGGCACAUAAUCUUGUUUAUUGUACAUUUCUGAAGUAAACCACUAUGAAAAUAUUGGCAAUGGUUUGUAGAGUAAUCUUUCAAGUAGGCACUAAGUAUGAUCUGAGUUGUCUUAAUUUUUACAGCAAUUUAACUGUGAAAGUGCUAGAAUGUAAUAGAAAAGCUACUUUUUCCAUAGCUGUAAAUCUGCAGUUAGGUAAGUGAAGCAGACUGUUAUCCAGUUUGUAAUGUUGUAUCGCUUUUGCUUUGUAUGUAAUUUUAGGUAUGCUGCUUUUUGUGAGGAAAUCUACAAAUAUAAGUAAAGAGGCAAACGAUUGAAGGAGGGAUUUUUCUUGCACAUUACAAUUUUUUUCAAGUUAUAUACAGUGUGUGAGGAUCUGGUUAAAAUUGUAACUGACAAGUUGUCAGGCAAAGUAGAAUGUAGUGUGAAAAGCAGCCAAGGUUUUGAAUUAAUGAUCUUUAUGCACAUGUUGAUUUUUGAUUCUUGUUUUUAAAAACACUUAAGAUACUGUUUAAAAUACCUUGUUGAGAACUGUUUAAAUAAAUUAAUGUAUUCCACGGAGUUUUGUCUAUUUAAGCAUCUAUUAACUAAUGUUUUGCUUUUCUUUCUGAAAUUAAACCAGUUUUGAUACUCCUA